GUUCCCACCGGAGCCCUCCCCCUCCCGCUCGGGGCGUGGCCUCCCAACCUUCGCCCCGCCCCCCUCGGGCCCGGCUCCGCCUCCUCCGUUACCGGGGCAACCCCUGGGGGCGUGGCCAGCGGAGGGGGCGUGGCCGAGGCGCGGCGAGGGGCGGAGCUUCUUCAUCAUCAAUGACGUCAUCAUCGGCGACGGACCUCCAGGGUCACCCCAAGACCCACCCAGGACCCCCCUGGGACCCCCCAGGACCCCCCUCAGGUCAUGGGGGACACCCCAGGACCCCCCAGUGCCUCCCAGAGCCCUCCCAGUAUCACCAGGGCCCCUCCCAGUACCCCCAGACCCUUCCCAGUGCCCCCAGACCUGUCCCAGUAUCACCAGGACCCCUCCCAGUGCCCCCCAGAGCUCUCCCAGUAUCACCAGGGCCCCUCCCAGUGCUCCCAGUUGCCCCCGCCGGGCCAUCCUGAGGGCGCCCACCUUCCGCUGGGGCGGCGCUGACGUCAUCAGGGACGGCCGUGACGUCAUCAGGGACAACGGUGACGUCAUCAGGGAGGGCCAUGACGUCAGCAGGGACGGCAGUGACGUCAUCAGGGGCAACUGUGAUGUCAUCAGGGACAAGGGUGACGUCAUCAGAGGGUCUGGUGACGUCAUCAAUGGCACCAGUGACAUCAUCAGGAGCGCCGGUGACGUCACCAGGGGCAUCAGGGACGGCCGUGACGUCAUCAGGGACGGCGCUGACGUCAUCAGGAGUGGCAGUGAUGUCAUCGGGGACGGUGCUGAUGUCAUCAGGGAUGGUGGUGAUGUCAUCAGGGACGGCGGUGAUGUCAUCAGGGAUGGCAGUGACAUCAUCAGGGACGGCGGUGACGUCAUCAUGGAUGGUGGUGACGUCAUCGGGGUCACCCCAAGGACAUCCAAGGACCCCCUGGUGACAUCCAAGGACUCCCUGGUGGCACCUGGGGACACCCAAAGGACCCCCAGGGACACCCCAAGGACCUUCAGGGACCCCCCAAGGACACCCAAGGACCCCCUGGUGGCACUUGGGGACCCCCAAAGGACACCCAAGGACCCCCUGGUGGCACCUGGGGACACCCUGAGGACCCCCAGGGACACUCAAAGGACAUCCAAGGACACCCAAAGGACACCCAGGGACCCCCUGGGGACAUCCAAGGACCCCCUGGUGGCACCUGGGGACCCCCAAAGGACACCCAAGGACCCCCUGGGGACCCUGCAGGCCACCCUGGCGGCGUUUGGGGACGCCCUGGUGGCCUCGGGCCACCCCCUGGGGACGGUGAGGGACACCCUGGUGGCCCUGCAGGAGACCCUGGUGGCCUCCCAGGACACCCUGGGCAUGCUCAAGGACAGCCUGGGGACAGCCCAGGACACCCUGGUGGCAUCUGGGGACACCCUGGGGACAUCCCAGGACACCCUGGGCAUGCUCAAGGACACCCUGGGGACACCCCAGGACACCCUGGUGGCACUUGGGGACACCCUGGGGACAUCCCAGGACACCCUGGGCAUGCUCAAGGACAGCUUGGGGACAGCUGGGGACACCUUGGGGACAUCCAAGGAUCUCUUGGUGGCACCUGGGGACACCCAAAGGACAUCCAAGGACCCCCUGGUGGCUUCCCAGGACACCCUGGGCAUGCUCAAGGACACCCUGGGGACAUCCCAGGACCCCUUGGGGACAUCCCAGGACCCCCUGGUGGCACUUGGGGACCCCCAAAGGACAUCCAAGGACACCCUGGUGGCCUCCCAGGACACCCUGGGCAUGCUCAAGGACACCCUGGGGACAUUCCAGGACACCCUGGUGGCACCUGGGGACACUCAAAGGACAUCCCAGGAUCCCCUGGUGGCGUCUGGGGACACCCUGGGGACAUCCCAGGACCCCCUGGUGGCACCUGGGGACACUUUGGGGACAUCCAGGACACCCAAAGGACCUCCAAGGACACUUUGGGGACAUCCCAGGACCCCCAAGGGACCUCCCAGGACCCCCUGGGGCCCCCCCGUGACCCCCCGUUGACCUUGCGGGUGGUCCACGUGACCCUCAGGCCCCUCCCCCUUCGAUCCCGUGACCCCCGGGUGGUCCUCAGGCCCCUCCCCCUCCCCUCGGGUG